AUGAUGCGGGCCGACGUGGAUCCGGUGUUAGAAGCUGUGUCGUAUCCUUAUCCGAUGGACCGCAAGCGCCGAAAAUUGCGCGUCGCGGUGGUCACUGAAAACUUCUUACCGAAAAUUGACGGUGUGACGCGUACGUUGGGCCGCUUGCUGGAGCACCUCCAUGCCGAGGGCCACGAGGCUCUCGUGCUGGGCCCUGACACGGGCCUCAAGGACUACUUGGGGCACCCUGUCGUCGGGACGUUCGGUAUCCCUAUCUUGGUGUACCCUGGCCUUAAACUCAACUUUGCGCGACUGCGUUUCAUUCGUCGUCUGCAGCAAUUCCGCCCGGACGUGAUCCACUUUGUGGAUCCGAUUUGGCUGGGCGCUCAAAUGAUUCCGAUUUGCAAGCACUAUCUCCCGGAUGUGCCGCGUGUCUCAUCAUAUCACACGAACCUGCCUACCUACGCCUCGCUGUUCGGUAUGGGUUUCCUGGAACCUGUCAUGUGGAAUCUGACACGCUCCUUGCACUCGCAGUGUGAGAUGGUGUUUUGCCCUAGCGAAAGUACGCGCCGCAUGCUCCAAGAGCGUGGAUUUAAGAACGUGGAGAUUUGGGGACGUGGUGUGGAUACGGAGAUAUUCACGCCAGCUGCGCGUGACGAGAACCUGCGUGAGGGCUGGGGCUGCAAGCCCAAGUCCCAGGCGCUGCUGGAUACAUUGCACGACCAAGCCAUAUCGAGCAAGACGUCUACGACGAUUGCGCGUGGCAAGGGCGCUGUAUCGUCGGACGAAGAGUUUAUUCGUACGCCCGACACGUUGCCGGUGGCUGAGCUGAGCCCGCCGCCGGCGUACGAGUCGCUAUCGGACGUCCCGCCUCUGCCAGGCACGGACUUUGAGCUGCCUCCUUCGAUGGUGGCGCAGCCGGAGGAAGCGCCAUCAACGCCGAGUGUGGACAGUGACAGCAAAGCAGUGGUCUUGUUUGUCGGCCGCAUUAGCUGGGAAAAGAACAUCCGAUUGCUUAUUGAGGCGUUCCGCCUCUUGCCCACGAGUGUCAAGCAGAAUGCCAAGCUGGUCAUUGUGGGUGAUGGGCCUGCGCGUAGUGAGCUGACGCGUCUCUGUCAAAAGUACGGCCUUGAUGCGGCGUUUAUGGGCCACCAAAAGGGCAAGCGGCUGGCGUCGAUGUACGCCAGCAGCAGCAUCUUUGCCUUCCCGUCGUUCACCGAGACGUUUGGGCAGGUCGUGCUCGAAGCGCUGGCAUCGGGUCUGCCGGUGGUCGGCCUGCAUGCCGAGGGCACGUCAGACUUGGUGUGCCCAGGCAUCACCGGGUUGUUGCUGGACAUGCAGCGUGUCACAUCGCAUUCGCGAUCGGCGGCCGCCUUGGCGCGUUCGAAGGCGCGCAGGUCGGGUGGCAAUUCCUUGGCUGAGCGCCUGAGUGAGAGCAGCGAUUCGGACAGCGGCUCGAUGUUGUCAGCGUCGAGUGGCCGGGCGGUGCCUGUGGCUGCGUCGAGCACUCUCAAGCCGGGCUUGCCGAGCCCCAUUCCCAGUGUGAAGGAAUUCGCGGCGGCCAUGUCGCCAGGCACACAAACAUUCCAGCAAUGUGCGCAGGCGUACAGUAUCCUGCUGGAGCGUUUGAUUCGGGAUCGUACGCUGCGUGCUACGAUGGGACAGCGUGCGCAGCAGUAUGCGUCGAACAAGACGUGGUGGGAUGCCAUGGAUGCGCCUGUGCGUGGCUACGAGCAGGUGAUUGCCAAGGCUGGUCAGACGAACCUCACAGAUGCCGAGCUUGAAGCGCUGCGCAACCAGCAGCGCCAAGUCGCGCCGCUGUCUGGCCCCAUCACAAAGACCCUCGUCUUGCUGUACCUCGCGUGCUUUGUGUGGCUGUGGGUGUACAUGCUCUAA